CCUGAUCUAAACCAUGUCCUGUUUCCAUCCAACCAUCACCAACAAUAGUAAUAAUGGUUGAUGCGAACCGCAGCAAGACCCCCGCGGGCUCGGACGCUGGUGUACGCAAGUAUACGCUGUCCUGCUCUCGCUGCAGGGCCUCAAAGCUAAAAUGCGACCGCAAAGAACCCUGCGUCGAGUGCGUCAAGCGCAACAUCGGCCAUCUUUGCACCAAAGACGAGCGUCAACCGAGAGCCAAACGAUCCAAGACGGAGCACAAGGACAAGACAGCCUCCAAGCAUGACCCGACCCCGAAUGGAGAUGGUGAAGCCGAAGCAGAGGAGACUGCCCAACUUCUGGAGCAUUUUGUCGAAGGAGUUCCCCGUCCGAAUGCCUUUCCGCCGGUCGGACCAGCCUCCUCGUCAGUUGCGCCCGACUUUUCGAAUCGUUAUUGGUCGAAUACGGACCCCAAGCGACACGGCGAGAAACUGGCCUUGAUCCGAGAGAUCGUCGAUGCGCUGCCGGGGCUAGAGAUGGUUCAUCAUCUUUUCGAGGUUUUCGUCACCCGUUGCCAGGGUCCCGUGGGAAAUGUGGUUCAUACCCCGACAUUUACCAAGCAAGCCGAGCAGUUUGGGAAUUGCUUGAGUCUUGCAUCACCGGACUCGCGGGUGUUGGCGAUAUCGAGCACAUUUACUAUGGAGACACUUGGCUGCUUCCUCUUAGCGCUCGUACUUGGCCUCGCAUUUCAUCCCACACCGUCUCUACUUGGAUGGGCUCCCACCUCCUUGACCCUAGGCGUGGAAGAGCUACGAACGUCCGAUAUGCGCUCCAAGACAUGGCGGUCUCUAGGCUUGCGUUGUCUCCAAGACGGAGUGUCUAUCUUCUGUGGCUCGAUCGCUGGGUUGCAGGCUGCAGUUAUGCUUUUGCUUGACGGCCAGGAGGGCUCGUUGGCGCUGGACGCUAUUCUGGUCACUGCGAUCUCGGGGGCCCGCAAACUCGGUCUGCACCGGCUGGGAGACAUCAAAUUAGACGCCUCUGCAUCGCACCUGGGACCGCUGGGAAAUGGUACCACACCCCCAGCGGAACCUUUACACAUUCGGACGGAAAUAGGCAUUCGCAUCUGGUGGGCACUUGUACAGAGAGACUGGUCGCGUGGACAAGCGCUCGGCUACUACACCAUUCAUCCAUCACAAUUCAACACUCGCAUGCCGUUACAUGUCAAUGAUGAUGAUCUGUGUCUGUCUACGUGGAGGGUGAGUGUGCAUGGAGAAAUCGCGGAGCGGCCUCGUUCCGAGUUCACCAUGAUGUCGUACACUGUCCACGCCCUCGAAAUUGGCGGUAUUGUCCGUGAAUCCAUCGAUCUUUCCGCCUCCCCGGAUCAGCCCGACGCGACUGCAGAGUCUGCCAAGCUGCGCAAACAUCUCAACAACAAGUACGAAAAGUACGUGGCGGGGCUGCCGACGUAUUUCCGGUUGGGAAGCACGGUCGGACUCACCGCGACGGGACCCAUGGCCGCAAUCCCCGUGCAACGCUGGAUGCUGCACCAGCAACUUUGGAGCUUGCUGCUUCGACUGCACCGACCGAAUCUCUCAUCCCCAGUGGGCCGUGCAUUCUGUCAGCUUCUGGCUCAGAAUAUCAUCGGGAACCAGGCGCAGAUUCAGGCCCGAUGUGCCGUCUGCGGUACGCUGUCGACCAGCGAAACUCAACUUUUCAACGCGGCCGUGGUGCUGAUUCUGGACCUGCUCUUUGCGUCCAAGCAAGGGGAGACGGAUAGCGCCAGUGCGCAUCUCAGCAGACUAAUGACUCGCGACAAGAUCCGGGAAGCGAUCGAAUUGCUACGGACGAAAAGCAUCACGGAAGGAUCCUCGCUUCAUGAUCUACACUUGGAGCAAGUCAAGGGACCUGCACAGCGCAGCGUCGUGGCACUUGAAGCCUUGAUGAAACUGGAAGAAGAAAUCGACCCGGAUCAGAAUGGGGCCGCGGGGAACCGUGCCGGAGAAGCCUUGGGCGCUAAAGGCGCGCUAAGAACCAGGGUGACCGAUAUCCUCCGGGCCCUAAGCGGGCGGGCUGACCCAGCCCAGCCAGCCGGUGCACCCGUGCCGGAGCCCCAGUUCCAAUUUGACCCCUUUUCGCCGUUUGAUGUGUCGAUCCCGUUUGCCAAUGUCGCUGACGGGCUGCCUGAUCUGGACGUUCUGCCGAUUCUGUCCAGUAAUCUCAGUCCCAGCAACUUUUGGCAAUUUCUGGACUUCCCCCCGCCGCCCUUUGACUCGCAGCCCAAGGAUCUUGCCUUCGGAACACUGGGGGAGAUGCCUGGGUCUCUCGGUCUGGCCACUUCGCAGUUUGCCGACUCGUAUAGUAGCACGCCGGGUACCCGCAUGACCCAGACCUCUCCAUCGUCCCUGCAGAGUGAGCCUGUCGGACUGGGCGGAGGGAGCGAUUCCGCCACGACGCCGUCUAGCGCGGAUGCCUAUGUCGCCGCCAAGUUCUAUUAUGCGAUGGGUGAUGGCACCAUGGCCCCUCUGUAGCGGUACUUCGGGGUUUGUUGAGUUGUGGAAAUACCAUGUCCCAGUUAAAGCACUCUCUAGCCUAUGAUCCCUUCUGAGCCCCCGUUGUUUUGUUAUCCACCCGUCUCCUACCUUUCUACGAUUAUGAGGGCAAUUAGUACUGCUUGAAACAAAACUAGACUACACCUUACUUAUAAUUCACUAGCAUACUAGCAAUAUCAACCGAUCAAUC